ACUGACACCGGCCAUGGUGGCAUCGCCAACUUGUUGAUGGUGUCAGACUCCUGAUUUUGUGCAGCCAGCUAAGAAUGUGAUAGGAGCCACCAUGCCACUGCUAUCUGUCAAAUCCUUCCCUACGGAGACAUUCCUGUUGGGAUCUUUCCCCUCCUCGGACUUCUACUCGUCAGACUUCCACCCCACUGAGCCCUACACAGUGGAAAGCUUCACCGCCAGUGUCAGCAAUCUCACCAGCCUCGGCAGGUCAGUCGGCCCGCGUUGCACCUACAAGGAGGACUUCAAACGCAUCUUACUCCCCGCCGUCUACAGUUUUGUCUUCCUGCUCGGCCUUCCUCUCAAUGCCGCUGUCAUACUGAAGAUAUGGAAGGCACGGCCAAACCUGUCCCGCAACAACAUCUACAUGCUCAACUUGGCCACAGCUGACUUCCUGUAUGUCAUGUCGCUUCCACUGCUCAUCUACAACUAUGCCAGCCAUGACUACUGGCCAUUUGGAGAGCUUGCCUGUAAAUUGGUCAGGUUUCAGUUCUACAGUAAUCUGCACGGCAGCAUUCUGUUCCUCACCUGCAUCAGCAUACAGCGCUAUGUGGGCAUCUGCCACCCGCUAGCCACCUGGCACAAGCAGGGUGGGCGCAGGCUGGCAUGGUGUAUCUGCGGAGGGGUCUGGUUGGUGGUCGUCGCCCUCUGUGCACCCACCUUCCACUUUGCUUCGACGGGAAUCCAGCGCAACCGCACAGUGUGUUAUGAUUUAAGUCGGCCAGAACAUUCCUUAGACUACUAUCCUUACGGCAUGGCCCUGACCUGCCUCGGCUUCCUGUUGCCUUUUAUGGGCGUGGUGGUGUGUUACUGCCGCAUGGCCUGCUUCCUGUGCCGCCCCGUGUCCUACCAGGGUGUCUCUGUGGCGACUGGGGAGAAACGUGAUAAGGCAGUGCGGAUGAUCAUCAUAGUGGUGGCAGUUUUCUGUAUCAGCUUCCUGCCAUUUCACCUCACCAAGACCAUGUACCUGCUGGUGCGCACGCUGCCUAAAGCACCCUGCGAGAUGCGGAACUUGUUUUCUGUCAUUUAUAAAAGCACCAGGCCGUUUGCCAGCAUGAACAGCGUUCUGGACCCAAUCCUGUUCUAUUUCACCCAGCCACGCUACCGCAAGAGCACCAGGAGGUUCAUGCUCAAAGUCACCACCCUCAAGGACAAGGGCACCAGUGUGUGACGAGCUGGUAGGCCGUGUACCACGGCGGUAGUUCUCACACUCUGUUUGCAGGACCUGUGGUGGUUCUUGGGAUGUUUUUGAGUGGUUCUUUUAUGCGUUAGGUAAUUUUUAGGAACAGUUUGCCUCAUGCUGCUCCUAAAGCACUUCUGUGUCUCUCCUUGUGACAAAGGACCACACCCUCUACAAAAGGUCCAAAAAGGUGAGAAGUGCUGGCAUAAAAGGAGACUGCUGCAGUCUGGAGGCCCUGCCGGCUGCUACCUGAUGGUUGCAACUGUAGGCUCCUCAAAUUGGAGCCAACACUUGGAGACAUAGGAGGAGAGAUUGAUAUGUGUUCUCUCUUAGGCUGUUGCUUCCAUAACCUUAAAAUCACACCAAACCAAUAAGCCUUUGGAUGUCCUAUCCAGAGAUUUCAAACAUUCUGGUGACAUUAAUUUCUCAUGGAAAUUCCUGAUUCAUGUAUGCUGUCCUUACAACAUUGCUCUAACCUAUAUAAUAUAUAUAAAACCAGGUGUAUCUUCCACUCCAGUCACUCUCCACAUGGAGCUGCACAUGCCAGAAUCAUUACAUGCGAUCAUGUGUGUGAUCUUGAGGUGUGUGUAUAUAUAGACAAAGAGAGAGUUAGAGUGAGAGAGAGAGAGAGAGAGAGAGAGAGAGAGAGAGAGGUAAAGAACAUGCUUAUGAAAGAAAGUGCAUAAAAUUUAAGCAUAAAAUGUACCAUGGCUCCAAGCCAUGUAAAAAUGUUGAAAACUGUCACGUAUUUAUGACUGCAUGUGAAAACUGCAUGAAGUAUUAACUCGUGAAUUUGUUAUUUGUUAACAACUAAUGAGUUUGCAUUUCUGAAGGAAAUUAGCAGGUGCUGAGAAAAAAAUAGAACAAAUGCAAAAAUGGCAGUGGAAAUAGUGAAAAAAAGAAAAAUUGAAAAAUAAAAAUAUGUAUAUAUUUAUUUCCAUGUGAGGAUUUUUGCUAAAAAUUUGUCCCCAAAUAAUCCUGUUUUUUCAACCUUAUCCAGCCUACCCCAAGAUAAAUUUGACCACUGGAUGGUGUGUGUAUCCCACUACUGUAAUCCUACCACUCUAAAAUUUCUGGCACACCUUUCCUUAAAAAAAGAAAGAAAGAAAGAAAGAAAGAAAGAAAACCUGCUUAAAAGUGUGAUAAGCAAGUGUACUUCUUGUGAAUAACGUUUUAUAUUACACAAUUAAAUAUGCAUCAAAACCAACAGGCUUACUGAUUGGACUAAAACAGGGC